AGUUGCCCCGCCCAUAUAUUGGCUAAAUGGUAGAAUGGACGUGGCACUUUUGACAAUGGAUGACAACAACAAACCGCCGACAAGUUCAGAGUCUACGGAGAGUAGGGAAACAUCACCACCAAUGAUGCCAGAUUCUGCGGAGAUAAUGCGACUUCUUACGGAUCCUUCGACGGCUCAGAUGUUUGCCAACGAAAACACAAAAUGUCAGCUGGGACGGAUUCUCGCCGCGUCAGGCUUCGACGAGGCGAGCCUCUCCUCCUCGUUUCCGUUCGAUCCGACGCUCGGCGCGUUCGCCGACAUUUCCCAAUUCUCAUCACUCCGAAAUUCGUCGAAAACGCUGAAAUGUCCAAAGUGUAAUUGGCACUACAAGUACCAGGAGACCCUUGAAAUUCAUAUGAAGGAGAAGCACAACGAUGUGGAUGUCAAGUGCAUGUUUUGUGCCGAGAACCGUCCCCACCCGAAGCUGGCUCGCGGUGAGACGUACUCGUGCGGUUAUAAGCCAUAUCGAUGCGAUUUGUGUCGGUACAGUACGACGACAAAGGGCAAUUUGAGUAUUCAUAUGCAAAGUGAUAAGCAUCUUCAUGCAGUGCAAGAGCUCCCGAAUAGUAUAGAAUUCGCAGCCAACUUCGCGUGUGGUGCUCCAGUUAGCCGAAGUAGUCCAAUCGAAGAGUCCGACGGAUCCCUGGUCUGCUUGAUCUGCGGUAUCUUCGCCACCGAAUCUAUCGCCGAAAUGAUGGAACACGUGGAACAAGACCGUUCCAGGACGUUCCAAGGAGACGUUACCGUCCUAAACGGGAGCUUCCGGUGCCACUUGUGCCCGUAUAAUACCACAUUGAAAGCCAAUUUUCAACUACACACAAGGACGGAUAAGCAUCUGCAAAAGGUUCAAAUUGCGAACCAUCUUCGUGAGGGAACCCGUCCGCACACGGCAAUCUACCGUCUGUCGAGCACAAAGACGAGCGUUCAAGUGUUGUGUCGACAGUGUCAGGAGGUGAUUUCCAGUGGCGAAUCGCUCCGCGAGCAUCGACACUUUCACGCCCUGCUUGCCGCCAAGCAACGCUUGUGGCGAUGCAAGUUGUGUAGGCUGGAGUUCGACUCGGUUCUUCUUGCAGCUGGACACAUGACUUGCCACGAGCCGUCCACUUGGCCCAACGAAUCACUUGAUUUCAAAACGAUGGAGGAUGCGGCGUACGCGUGUGCUGGCUGCGAAUUCACCACAAAAGACGUGUCGGACUUUGAAGAGCACGCAAAAGGACACGAAGAGGAGGCGGGAGCCUCUUCACAGAAGGCGUGUGCGCUGUGCCUUGAGCCCACCGACGACCUCGAAAAGCACCUUGUCGAGCAGCAUCGCAUCGCCGAGAGCGCCAUCGAAAAGUUCCUGCUUACUGAGAGAACAGCCAAAGAAGCGUCGUGUUCAUCGUCGUCGGAGCCGAGCUCAGAAUUCGCGCAUCGCUGCUCGAGGUGCUCGAUGGCGUUCCGAAGCGAGUCGCAGCUGCAGACGCAUUCCCUUCAGCACGUGUUCAACACGUUCCACAAGUGCCCCACGUGUGGCGAUUCGUUUGAUGAGAAUACUAUUGUGACCCAUAUGUUGGAGCACACCAAAGAAGAAUGCGAAAUGUGCUCUGAAACAUUUGCCACAAAAGAGGCAUUCCUCUCCCACCUGAACUCAGCCCGACACCUACAACAGGCAAAGAAGCAGCUGGAAAACUCACUGGUCGACUUAAACUCUCAGGACGUCGAAAAGCAGCGUAUUUAUGUGUGCAACGUCUGCAAACAAUCCUAUCCACAAGCGGCUAAUCUCGACGUGCACAUGAGGUCAAUGACACAUCAGAGCCGGAUGAGCCGGCUGUCCGAACUUGUGGCAACCGGGGAGCUUAAUGGGGAGAAGGCCGUGUUUGAGCAACCAGGAAUACCGGCACCGACGAUAAACAGCUUCAUUGAGACGACAACCAACCAAUCCUCACUGAACGACCUGAUGUCACUGCUCACACGAAGCGAGUCGGAUGAGAUUCGAGAAGAAGUAAACGGCCUUCAAGUCAUGACACAGAUCAAAGUCUACGGUGAAUCCAAGAUCACUAGCCUAGUCCCAGAGUUGGCCGGGAAAAUCGAUAACAUCGCGCUCUUCGAUGACUCCCGUGCGGCAGAGGUGUCGAAGAUCGAUUGCUCGGCUUGUGGGCAGCAGAUCUCAGGGAUCCUUGCUUUGAACCUCCAUUAUGAAGAGUCCCACUCAUCGAAGAUCCCGAGUGACGUGUUAAGAAAGUUCGGAGAGCGGUUACUUGCCGCAUUAGAGGACGGGUUGAGCAGAGAGAAUUCCGUGAAGAACGGAUCGCAAAGCCCUCUGAGCAAUGACGAUGAGCCCAUGGAGAAGAAGAUGCGGCUGGAGAAUAUGCUUCCUGAAAUGGACAAGAACGCGGCAGCGUCGCAAUUCGCAAUGUUCCAACAAAUGAUGAACUGCUUCCCGUUCAUGGCACCACCAGGCACGUCUAGUGGCAACUUUGGCUUCUCGCCAGAAAUGAUCAAUCAGCUCAUGAAUCCUGCGGCGGCGGCGGCGGCGGCGACUGCAGCAGCAGCAGCCCACGCUGCCAACAACUCGCCGGCGAAGAGAGCAAGAACACGGAUCACUGAUGAUCAGCUCAAAGUUUUACGCCAAUACUUCAACAUCAACAACUCGCCGUCAGAAGCGCAAAUCAAGGAGAUGUCACAAAAAGCGAGCCUUCCGGAGAAAGUCAUCAAACACUGGUUCCGCAACACACUUUUCAAGGAACGCCAACGCGACAAGGAUUCCCCGUACAACUUCAGCAUCCCUCCCCAAAUGGGAAUCGACUUGGACAUCUACGAAAAGACCGGCGAGACAAAAGUACUGUCGCUUAGCAAUGAAGCACCAAAGUCUGAGUUGAGCUCUGCGCGCGCCACACCGACAAUUCCGACUCCGAUACCGCUCAUCGUUGAAGAGAAGAAACCGGAGCCAAAGAGCCAGACACCAUCGUCUUCUUCCUCUCAGCUCAACCUGCAGGCUAUGUUAUCUCAGAUGCAGGGAAGUUUUUUCGACGCGUCAAACUUCAUGUCAGCAUCAGUGAAUCCGAUGACACCGAGCACUCCUUCCUGCAACACGUCGUCCAGUGGACGACGAGCCAAUCGCACGAGAUUCACAGAUUUCCAGCUGAGAACUCUACAGCAAUUUUUCGACAAGCAAGCCUACCCGAAGGAUGAUGAUCUUGAAGCGCUGAGCAAGAAGCUUCAGCUGAGUCCACGUGUGAUUGUCGUCUGGUUCCAGAAUGCACGGCAGAAGGCCAGAAAGAUCUAUGAGAAUCAGCCGAAUCACGAGAGUUCCGAUCGAUUUGUGAGAACGCCGGGAUCGAACUUUCAGUGCAAAAGGUGCAGCCAAGUAUUCCAACGCUACUAUGAACUCAUCCAACAUCAACAGAAAAAGUGCUACAAAGACGAUGUAGCAGCCCUGGCAAGUGACAACAAGAGUGUCGAAGAAUCACUGACGGAAGAAGAGAAAUCCCAGCUUCUGGCUCAACAACAGGUCGCCCAACUAGCCAGCACUCUGGAGCUCCCAAAGUUCCAGCCGGCAGAGCUUUUGAAAAUGAUCGGAGCUAAUUCGGUGACUCCAUCCUCGUCGGCUGCAAGUCAGAAGUCUAGCAACGACGUUCUGCUGAAGAUGUGUGAAUCGAUUGUUGGUGGGAGCACACCUAGUACAUCAUCGUUCCACAAACUUUGUAUAUUCUGCGCUCAAGACUUCAAGGAUCGGAGUGCGAUGAGUGAGCACAUGGCUCAGAAGCAUCCCCAGCAUAUGCUUCUUCCAAACUUCGAUCUCGACAUGAUGCCAGACGCUGGUGGUGCAGAGCUUCUCAUGGAUCUUAAGGACUCUGCGUUGGAUCUUUCGGGCUCUUCAGUCGACUACCGGGAUUCUAUCUCAACAUCUCCAUCUCGAUCCGAAGAUGAUGUUCUCACAGAGGCUCUGGAUGAUUCUGCAUUUGCCGCGUUCGGACUACAGCUUGCAAAUUCCACAAGCGGCUCGGAAUGCAGAUCUCCGGCGAGCAACAAGAGAUUCCGAACUCAUCUCACACCGAUGCAAGUGCAAAUGAUGAAGAGCGUGUUCAACGAGUACAAGACCCCAUCCAUGGCAGAAUGUGAGCUUCUCGGCAAGGAAGUCGGCCUUCACAAGCGUGUCGUUCAAGUCUGGUUUCAAAAUGCGCGAGCCAAAGAGCGAAAGACGCGCGGUGCAGUUGACGAGGACUCUCGAUCCGGAGAACUUCACUGUGAAAUUUGUGAUAAGACGUUCGCGACGAGGCUUUCGCUGCAAGACCAUCUGUUUGCCGAGCAGCACAUUGAAUUUUUAAGGAAUAAUCUGAAACGGGAAGGGGUCUCCGAGUUGACGACCGCUUCGGUGACCGAGUGCUCUCCAGAGAAAAAAGCAAAGCUUCCGAACCCGCUGGAUCUUGCCAGUUUCCCGUUCCUCAACACGUUCGACAUUCAAAUUUACGGAACACCCAUCGCCUUUCUGCAGGUGCCUGAUGAGAUCAAAAAGCAGAUCACUGAUGAUAUCACGGCUGGAAAAUCGCGAACCACGUUCUCCCAGGACGGUUUUCCGCUCGACAAGUUGAAAGAGUCGCUGCCCGAGGAUGAGAAAUCAAAUUUGACAGUAACCCAGAAAGAUGUCGGAUGGGCGUGCCCGGCAUGUACAUUUGUCUUCCAAGAAGAAAAGAAGCUCCGUGAGCAUCAAAAAGCCAUGUGCCAAAGUGAUAAGACGCUAACCCUGGUGCAAACCCACUACUCGUGCAAAAGCUGUCAAAGUGAUUUCUGUCUUCAAUCCGAGUAUCAAUUCCAUCUCUCAAUGCCUCCUCAUACUACUACUACUACCACGACGACGCCAUAACAAAACCCCCCAAAUAGUCACCUCAUGUCAUUUCAUUUGCCGUCUUCACUCAAGGACCUAUUUCCGUCUCUCUCUCUCUCUCUCUCUCUCUCUCUCU